AUGCAAAGACAGGUCAAUACACUGAAUCCGUUAGAUGUGAAAUUUGUGGCUUCUAUUGGCAUUAAGGAAACUAAACUUGACUUUAAAAAUGACUGGAAGAUAAUCAAUUUGUUCCUCAGUAACGCCCAUGAGUGUUACCUCUGUCCAGCUGUGGGGCAGAGAAACUUUGUGAAGAGUGCCUUGGACAAACUGACUAAAACCCUGGACUACCUGCAGCAAGAGGUGCCUAGAUUAUUUGUAAACCUCGUAGAUCUCACUGAUCUCCUGGAUUUCAUUGCUUUGCCUGAGGUGAAGAAUCAGAACAGCAACAACACCAACUUCUGCAAGUGUUCAGAGGACAGAGUCCUGUAUAAAGCCUAUGCACGAAUGACCUAUCAGGAACUAUGGGAAAGUGUCCUGGCCACCAGCAAGUACAACCAGCAGGAGUCCUUUGCUCUGGUGUUCCAGCCUUUCUUCUAUGAUCCAGACUUGUCCCAUCUCUUGGAGGAUCUGCAGCUAAAGGAUCCCAGUUCCCUGGGGGUGCACCUUUGGAACCUCAUGCCCAAUGAUGUGCAGUUAAAGUGCUCUGACAUGAAUCCAUCCUGGACUAUUCCCAAUUCAGGUACACAACCUUUAAUUCAAGGACAGAGGAAACCUAAACUCUCACACAUUGGCUUUGCUUCUGUUCUCAGUUCACAAACUGAAGCCUGCUGCGUCAAGGUGGUUGCAGCUGUGGGUGAUUCUGUACUGAAGCAGUGCCGAAAUGAGACCCUGACAAUGUUCUCACCCUGCCCAGUGAGUAUCAGCCACUACAGUGUGUUUCAGCGGGGUCUCUCUGGUGGUAAACAUGGGUUUGGUAGGAAACUAGAAGAUAAGAAACAACCUCGAAAGAAUUAUAUUCUCCGGAAAUUCAACUCUGAACUGAUAGGCUACACUCUUGGACAUGGAAUGAAAUACAGUGCUGGAGCCAGACUCAACCAGGCUAUGUCAGGAGACAUCUCAAUGGACAUGUCUAACCAAGUCACGGAGGUGAUAAGAAAGAUGAAAAAUGACAAGAAAAUAAAUUAUAAUGAUGACUGGAAGUUACUCACCAUGUUUAUAGGAGGCCAAGAUCUUUGUUAUUACUGCAUUGAAAAGUUCAAUGUUACUCCUGAAAUCCUUCAAAAUGGCAUUCAGCAUGCUCUGGACAUUCUCCAGGGAGAGUUUAAUGAAGGUGCCCAAGAAUUUGAUCAAGUUGUUAACUUCAAUAAGAAGUAUCAGAGGCUUGUAGAGGAUCUGAUCUAUAACGGGCACUAUGACAGAAGACAUGACUUCACCGUGGUCCUGCAGCCCUUCUUGGAAAGGUUUGAAAUGCCCAGGACUGAGGAGGGGUUGCCUGACCUGACUUACUUUGACCCCGAUUGUUUCCACUUCAGUCAGAAGACACUUGGCCAUGUAGCCAGUGCCCUCUGGAACAGCAUGGUUUCUCAGGAUGUUAUCCAAUGCCCAGACAUGAGUCCAUCUAAGAACGUCCCUAUCUCAGGUAAGCCUCCAAUUCUUAUCAAGAUUGGAAUCCAUUCCAGUGAAAUCUGUGACAAGUCUUGGCAUGUUUUACCCAAGGGAGACUUGGCUGGAAGAGGAGCUGGCUCUACUAAACGCUAUGAUUACUCUAACCUUUUAGAAUUUCGGGGAGUGGCAUUUAGUAUGGGAGGUGACGGUGAGCUGCCCUCUGUGAAAACAUUACCAAAUAUCCUUCGGAAGUUCAACAGUAAUAUUAAAGGCCCUUCCGUGACUGUUACCAGGACUUACAGACAAGAUGCAGCCUAUUUGAAUCUCGCUACUCCCCCAGCAAUAACCCAGUAUGCAUCCAGAAUAUUCCAAGAUCAUGGGCUUAUAAGAAUACCUGAUGUCUCCCUAGAAAUCUGGAGAUUCCAGAAGCUUUUUGCACAACCUGGGGCAAGAGGACAAAGUGCUAGCAGUGAUUCCAACCACUGUUUGGUGCAGCCUAUGCCCACGACUCAGGGAAAACACCUGCCAGGGCACAUUGACUUGUUCUCCAGGGAUGUGCUACUGUUCAAGGGGACGGGGCUGACCUCCCCAUCCCACUGGGCUCAGUCCCGUCUGGAGCCUGUGAUGAACUUGCUCAUAUCUAUAUUGCAGAUCAUAUUGACUAAUCUGAUUUGGUCAGGCCGCUAUGACACAAAAAGUGACUUCACUGUGGUACUGCAGCCUUUUUUAGACACUAUCAUCAAUCCUGCCUUACAGGAUGGGAAAAGUGAUAGUUCAUACUUCUCCAUCGACUGCCACAGCAUCAGUCAAAAAGGACAUGGCAAGCUCGCUUAUGCCCUGUGGAAUAAUAUGCUUGAAGACUUAGGCAAUAAAACCAGAGUAUUCGACUUUUCUGUGGAAAACUCUCUAAUGUGCCCAGGAAUGCAACAGGACUGGGGUAGUGACUUUUUUUGUGAGAAUUUGAAGGUUUCUCCACAUUCCCCAUCCUCAGCCAGCAAGCUGCAACCAGCAGACAUUGAAGUGGUGGCUGCCAUGGGUGACUGGGUCACAGUGAGUAAUGGGCACACCAAGGGUCUCUACCUGGCAUUCUUUGCCCUUUUAAUAAAAGUUGUUCUCUGUUUCUCCCUGAAAGACAUUCUGCUCAAGUUCUCCUCCGUCAUCCAUGGUAUCUCUCGUGGGUCAUGGCCUGAGUUGGCAGGACUGAAUGUAGCAGAGGAGAAAGCCAGAGUUCAGGACAUGCCAGAACAAGCCAAUAAGCUAUUGCAAAAAAUGGAAUUAGAUUCUAAUAUUGACAUGGACAACGACUGGAAGCUGAUCACAAUCUUCAUUGGGAUCAAUGACUUGUGUGAUUACUGUAAUAAUCAGCUUCCAAAGGUUUUCAUCAACUUGGUGGAGGUAAUGGAUGUGACUUCAUUUUACCCUCAACGAGGAGACCACUGUGUCAAAACACCUCUAAAUUGUCCUUGUUUUCACGGCAUGGCAGCUGAAUUAAAUGAAGAAUUGUUGGAAAUAAAUAUGUACUUUCAGGAAGUUGCCUACAAACUUUCCUUCAGUUCAGACUUUGCAUCACGUGAAGACUUCGCGGUGGUGUCACAGCCAUUCUUCAGAAGGUCUUCUUUGAUGUAUAGGAAAGAGUUCCGUUCCCUCAUAACUAUGGAUUGCAAAUUCUUCUCAUCCCUUAUGCAGAAUCAAAUGGCCAUUGCUCUCUGGAACAACAUGGUGAGUGUGCAGAUUGAGGAGCUACCCACAGAGCUGGAACCUGUUGGCUAUAAGACCCACACAUUCAUUGGAGAUAUAGUCGAGAUAGACUCAAGUGCCCCAGUAAGAUAUCGCAUAGUUCUAAGUCAACAACUAGAUCAGCAAGCAAAAAGGAACCCGCUGAGACCUGGAAUAUGUACCAGGGAUUCACCCAUGAAGACUCGGAUUUCUCGGAAAGGAUGUAUUUAUUCAGAAUCUUCAAAACUGGAUAAGAAGGGAAGCCGUGAGUGGGUGGAUUAG